AUGAAGCUCCUGCCACUGGACAAACACCAGGAAGAUGAUCCGAGCCAAUACAAGCCCAUUGACACCCUGCGAGUGCGAGUCAUACCCGUUCUCG